GUCUCUCUCACAUCUUGACCCGGUUGCCCAAACCCCAAAAACCCUCCCUUCCACUCUCACACUUCACGCUAGUCGUUACUCCCUCCCAUGGCGUCACUGAAGCUUCUCCUCUCUCAAGCUCGCCGCCACUGCUUCACCAACCACCCUUCCCAUUUCCACUCUCCCCUUUCUCAUUCCUUCUUCUCUCAAACCAGAUCCUUUUCUUCAUCCGAAUCAAAUCCUUCAACCCCACCUUUCGAACCCAUUCCAAUCCAACCCGUUUCCUACCCCGUUAAACCCCAAGACCCACCUCCACCGGAGCCUCAACUCUCCUCCGACGCCGCCCCAUCCCUCACUCAACCUCCCCCACCUCUUAAAUCAGCGGACGGUCCCGAACCACCUCGAGCAUGGACGCGCGAAGAUAUUCGGUACGUGAAGGACGCCCCGUCGAUUACUCCGGUGUCUUACCCUGUUCGGGUAGCUCCACUUCCGGACGAUAAGGGUCCGGCUGAGAACGAUGAAAUGGAGAAGGAGAGGAAGAGAAUUGAGGCGGAGGAUCAGCUUAGGAAGAAGAUGCUUAAAGCUACCGAAGAUGAAAAGUUGAAGGUGCCUUUUCCUUUGCUGAUAAAGCCCAAGCUGAAGGAGAAACCCCCUCUUUUUGAUUUGUCUGAGGCCAUUCGCCAAGUUAAGGCCAAUGCCAAGGCAAAGUUUGACGAAACUGUUGAAGCACAUAUAAGAUUGGGCAUCGAUUCCAAGCGAACAGAACUGGCAGUUCGUGGUACAGUGAUUCUGCCUCAUGGUGCCCCUAAGGCCGUCACUGUGGCUGUUUUUGCAGAAGGGGCAGAGGCAGAAGAAGCAAAAGCUGCAGGAGCUGAUAUAGUUGGUGGUAAAGAGCUUAUUGAAGAGAUUGCUAAUGGUAGUAAUAAGCUCAAAGUUGACAAGUGCUUCUCCACUCCUGGAAUGGCACCUCAUCUUGGAAAGAUAGCACAAUAUCUCAGAAAGCGCAGACUGAUGCCAGACAAGAAGCUAGGUACUUUGACUAGUGAUAUUGCUGGGCAGUUAAAAGAGCUAAGACAGGGUCGUAUUGAGUUUAAAAUGGAAAGUAAAUCAAUUUUGCAUGCGGGAGUUGGAAAGGUAAGCUACAAAGAAGAGUCUUUACGGGAGAAUAUUGGUGCAUUUAUGAAUGCUGUAUUGCAAGCAAAGCCUGCUGGCUUAAAAAAGACUUCUAAAUAUGCCGGGUAUGUGCUGUCAGUCCAUAUAUGCAGCACGAUUGGCCCAGGGAUACCUGUAUCAAUUCAAUCAUUAUCCAAAGCAGCAGAUAACUAUAAGAAAGCGCAUAUGGUAUGAAUCAUAUGAAUAGGGGGCAGUGACAGGCUUUCAACAUGAAGCUUAAUUUUGAUGAUUUGUAUGUUCCCGUAGUAUUUUUAUUCAUUACCAUUGAUUUUCUAAAGCGUGUUCUGUGAUAUAGGUGGCAAUAAGUAAUUAGAAUGUUAAACUUUUUUUGUAUGAGAUUUUUCUUGUGUUUCAUGGUCUUUCUUGCAACACUGGAACAUACGGCAUACUAAACUUAUUCUUUGUAAUACUGAGCUAACCACUUGAUUUUCUCUGGAUUUAAUGGUUUAUUUGUUUGUCUUUAAA